AGCCCUCAUUCAAAACAGAGGACAGCUGUUGCGAGCCGCGUCGUCGUGUUCCGAGCGUUAGCCUAAAAACUGAUAGCUGCACGCUGUCUUCUCAUGUACCCGCUGGAAUGUCAGCAGGAGGAUAAAGACAAGAAAACGGCGCACUUCGACGACAAGAGCCAGUCUCACACAGACGGAACACGACUGACAAAGGCAGCAUAACAGAACAACAGACCAGUUGCACAUCCAGCACCAUGACCAUCUGACACACAACUGGGGGCCGUGUGGACUUUGCUGUAUUUAAAGACAAUGAGCGGUCUCCUGCGCUAGAGCUGGAUGGUGUGGGAAUGAUGGACCUCCCUAAUGGCCAAUCAAGCAUCACCACAACUGCUGCAACAGUCUCUGAGAAGAGCAGCAGCUCAGAAUCUCUCAGUGACAAGGGUUCAUCAGAGCUGAAGAAGAGUUUCGAUGCCGUCGUGUUCGAUGUGCUGAAGGUCACUCCUGAAGAAUAUGCUGGCCAGAUUACCCUCAUGGAUGCUCCUGUGUUCCAAGCCAUCCAGCCAGAGGAGCUGUCAAGUUGUGGCUGGAACAAGAAGGAGAAACACAGCUCUGCUCCAAACGUCGUGGCCUUCACUCGCAGGUUCAACCAGACGAGUUUUUGGGUGGUUAGAGAAAUCCUCCACGCACAGACGUUGAAGAUCAGAGCAGAGGUGCUGAGUCUGUACAUUCGCACUGCCAAGAAACUGUGUGACAUGAACAACCUCCAUGCGGUUAUGGCUGUGGUGUCGGCUUUACAAAGCGCUCCUAUCUUCAGGCUCACCAAAACAUGGGCGUUACUCAGUCGGAAGGACAAGGCAACGUUUGAUCGACUCGACUACUUGAUGUCCAAGGAAGACAACUACAAACGUCUGAGAGACUUCAUUAGCAGCCAGAGCAUGGUGUCCUGUAUUCCAUACCUAGGGAUGUACCUGUCCGAUCUGACCUACAUAGACUCAGCCUACCCUUCCACAGGCAGCAUACUGGAGAACGAACAGAGAUCCAAUUUGAUGAACAACAUUCUCAGAAUCAUAUCGGACCUGCAGAGAUCCUGCACCUAUGAUAUACCAGUGCUGCCUCACAUACAGAAGUAUCUCAACUCAGUCAGGUAUAUCGAGGAGCUGCAGAAGUUUGUGGAGGACGACAAUUACAAGUUGUCACAGAAGAUCGAGCCAGGCACCAGCACACCACGAGCAAACGCCUCCAAAGAGGAUCUUGUCGGCCAGGAAGCGUCUGCAUCUCCUCUCUGCGGUCGUAAAUGCACAAUAUCAAGUGAAGGACCCAAAGUCCCUGCCACUCCGCCCUCCCCCAGGAACCUGCUCCCUUAUGGACACAGGAAGUGCCACAGCCUGGGCUACAAUUUUAUUCAUAAGAUGAAUACAGUUGAGUUUAAAAGUGCUACGUUCCCUAAUGCGGGCUCUCGCCAUCUGUUGGACGACAGUGUGAUGGAGAGCCACAGUCCCACCAGAGGACAAGCAGAAAGCUCAACUUUGUCCAGCGGCAUUUCACUUGGGAGCAGUGAAGGCUCGGAGCUUAGUGAAGAAGUGUCUUGGCCGGCUUUUGAGAGGACUCGGUUCUAUCACUCUCUGGGCCCAGUGACCCGAGUGGCCCGCAUCCCCUACAGAGGAGUCCUGAGGCCCAGCAGCUCUGCGGAAUCAGAGGAGCUGGCAGUUCACUUGUACCCUGGAGCAGUCACAGUGCAGGGGGUGCUGAGACGAAAGACUGUGCUCAAGGAGGGCAAGAAACCAACAGUGGCAUCUUGGACCAAAUACUGGGUCGCCCUGUGUGGAACCCAGCUCUACUAUUACCCUGCCAAGUCCCUGAAGGCCACUGAGAGAAAACAUUUCAAGUCGACGUCCAGUAAGACUGUGUGUGUGGUGGGUCUGAUGGCCAUGAUGGCUGAUGAUCCUGAGCAUCCUGAUGUCUUCUUGCUGACGGACUCAGAACAGGGUAACACCUACAAGUACCAAGCAGGGAACCGAAUGAAUGCGCUGCUCUGGUUCAAACAUCUGAGUGCUGCCUGUCAGAGCAAUAGACAACAGGUGCCAGCCAAUCUUAUGUCGUUUGAGUGACUGUUGCUGGAAAGUGUGAAAGAUCGAAGGAGAGAGGGACGAGGAGGAUGAGGAAGAGUAUUGACUCAGUAGUGGAGUGGGAGAUUUCACUGCCAUGAGCCCUGCCCGCCGAUUCUCCUAUUCUAGUCCCGGCCUCACUGCAGCCUCACCUGCCACCACUGCCUUAACUAGAAUAACCCUGUGUGUGUGUGCGUGUGCGUGCUUGUACGUGUGUGUGUGUGUGUGUGUGUGUGUGUAUGGACGGGAAUGUUUUGGAUUUACUAACUACUGAACAAGGACCCGGACCACUGCUCUCCCCCUCUCUCCCUCUCUCUCUUACUCUGUCGUCUCCCAUUCGCUGUCGUUGUGUUUUAUGUUUUAACUGCGAGUGUUCAGCACUUCAGUGGAGCCAAUCAACUUCUCCUCUCUUCUCUCGCAGAUAGAAAUAAUUCUCUCGUUGCUUUCAUUAAGGGUCAGUCUAUUUUAAUCAUGUCCUCGCCGUGCUCGAGAGCUCGAUGCUCGAGAGCUCGAUGCUCGAGAGCUCGAUGCUCGAGAGCUCGACUCUCGCUUCUUUUCUUUGAAUUCAGCUGAAGCGAGACUCGCACCACGCACACUCACAUUGGACGAACUCCUGUGACUUUUGAGGGUUUUUUUGGAAAAACACCAUUUUAAUGAUUUGGUCGACACUUUUAAUUGUCUGAGUCACGUGAUUGUUUUACUUCUUUCACACACACACACACACACAUACACUGGCAUAUGUGACUGCAUGGUUGUAAAGCAAGGGCUCUGAUUUACAAUCAGUUCCAGAUGAUAUAAUUCUCACACUUGAUUGUUUCUCAUUUUUUAACACAGUACAGUAGCUCCCCCACUUGUGUGUGUGUGUGUGUAGCUGCAUUGGAUGGUGAGGGGGAAAAUGUUUGCUUAAAUUACAGGAAUCUCUUCUUGAGUUCCACAUUGGUACGAUAAUCUCAGAAUCUAAGCUAAGUGGUGUUAACGGUCGGGUAGACAAGAGUUUACUCCUUUUUUUUCUCUUUUUUUUUUAACAAACCUUCAAACCUGUCUUUGCUCCUCGUCAUCGCCCACUCUCAGCCAUCAGCCCCGAAAGGUGACACUGUGUUCACCAGACUCACACAAACUAAACACUAAAGACUUGAAACUGUGAAAGAAUCCAAGAGAAAGCAGCAAGAGCACGAUUUUAUCCCCUCCUUCAUCUUCUUCUUGCUUCAUAUAGUUCCAUCCUCUGGUCUGGAGCAGACAUUCAAAGCUACCUGGAGCCAUACAAGUCUAUUUUAAAUCAUGUGUGUUCAUAUUGUCUUGUGUUGUUAGUUUUUCUUUCUCUUUUCUUUUUUUAAAUGGGGAGCGUUGGUGCAGUUCACAGUAUUACCAUGUAGUAGAUGAUUGCACGUCAUUGUAGAUUCUUUUUUUUUGUCUUACAUUUGAAUGUUACUUUUUUGUGUGUUUUUUCUCCCUUUUGGAGCAGUUAUUUUGAAUGUUUUAUGUACAUGUGAAUUUUAUUUUCUACAUUUUUUUUGGCCCCUUUUUUCCAGUUUUUUCCAUUAACCAGGAUCCAAACUGUAUUGAUAUCUGAUUUGGAGAUAGCAGAAAGCACCUUGGUUAUAAUUAGUGCCAAGCAAUGACCACUGUUGUAUUUUGUUGUGUUUUUCAGGACAAAGAAACUUUAGCGUAGAGCUGCAGGUGUAGGUGCUGGCGGGCGGCGGGGGAAAAUAACCCAUCACAAAUGUUGUAGUGUUCCACAAAUAGACUGUGGUUGGUUGUUUUUUAGGAUGGUGGUGGUGACAGUAAUGAGGUGCUUAUUGCCCCCAUAGUUAAAAAAAAAAAAAGUACAUUUGUUGUUUACACAAUCUGUCACGCAACAUCACAGUCUCCACACGUUACUGCAUCUGCUUUUGGGAGAGACGAGAACUAAGUAGAAACAAAUCAGUACUUGUUCUGUUCUCACAGCACUGGAUUGUCUUUAGUGCAUCUAAUUUAGGGCUGAAAAAAUAGUAAUACUUAUAAUGAAAUAUCAGUUAAUUAAAGAUAUAGUUUUGC